UUGGCGACAAGAUUCAAAAGAAAAGUUAGUAAGCCAUGGGCAGUGACGGUGCAGUUGGCUGGAAACAGAUCACUGUGGUGUUCUGUGUGCUGGUGGCUCUACUGUUUGUGGGAGCCGGCAUCUUCAAGGUGCUUGAGGAAAGUUUCUUCGAUCCAGGAGAGCCGCCGGAAAGAGUCCACGAUGUUGAGGACACCGUGGCGGAGUUUGUGAGGAAUCACAGCGACGUGACACAACAUGACGUACAUGAACUCAUGAGAAGGAUCGACAUAGCAAGGCAUGGAUACAGUCUCAUGGACAAAAUUAAUGAGUUGACUGAGAAUAAAACCAGAUCCUACCACCUGGACUACAUGGAGUCAUGGUACUUCUGCAUGACGAUCGUCACCACCAUUGGAUAUGGACAUAUGAAGCCUUUCACAGAUGCUGGAAAGGUGGAUAGAGAAACGUGUUUGGGAGCUCCUGUGGGGUUUGGAGACCUAGUUCCUGCUCUACCAAAAGAAAACAUGCAUACAGCAGCUAAUGUUGUUUAUAAGAUUUCAGUGUUCUUGUGGAUCACCGUGGGGCUGGCCUUCCUUGCCGGCUCGCUCGAGAGAAUUGGGACAGCUCUGAAGCUUCUGGGAGAGAAGGUGACAGACAUGGAUCUAGAUCCCGCCGAGAACACGUCAGACGCACCCGAAGACAACGUAAUCGAUGGUGAAACAGACGAGAAAGACCACGCAGAGAUUGACUAUUCACGCAGAGCGGGGCACAAAAAUGGCGCGAGCAACGUCGGGAAUGGCAGAAAGUCAUCAAGGGAUGAAAAGCUAGGGAUCAAUCCCCGGAAACAAGCAAACUUGGAAGAAAAUGAACAUUACAAUCUGUUGAGAGAAUCUACUCUGUGAUGACCUAUUCAAAUCAAUGAUCAUAGAAUUAUAAGCUCCUGGAUCAAUUCAUGUUGAAUAUCAAUAUCAUGAUAGUUAUCACAAUAGCAGCAACAUUUUGUCCUAAUGCCUUGCCAAUACAACUUUGAGGAGGUACCAGCUUGUGCAAUUAUAGUACCAGAAAGGUGACAUUUGCAAAGCAAAUGCAUAAUGUUUACCUUUGCAUAUGGUCUGCUCUGUUAAUUCUUACUCAAAUACAUUCAUAU